GCGGGGCGGCCAUGUUGGUAGUGGCAUUGAGUUUACAAGCCGGGAAGCCCUUCGUAGUCCGUCCUCGCCCAGCCUCAAGCGGGAAGCGGGCGGGUGGAAGAGGCAGGAUGGUGGCGGCGUGUUUGUAAUCGGGCUGCUGGGAGCAGACGAGAUGUAGCGUUCCAAGCUGUGGGGAGAGUAAUGGCAUUGGGCGGAGCCCUGUUCGCUCCCCUUCCCGGAUGAUGGAUCCCUGGCUCGCCCAUUUGUCUACCUGCCGCUGCUCCAGGCUGAUGGUGCCGGUCCUUUGAUAAGUUCUCCGAGUCCCAGGCUGCCCUGUUAAUAAUACGGAAGUCAGCGGUGUGGGAGAGCGUUAUGUUAUUGCUUAGCUUCAAGGGAUGAGUAAGGCUGCGUAGGAUUUCUAGCUCUCAAGUUUAUUUAAACUUGUCGUAAUUAGUGGUAGCAUCAGAUAUCUGAAACAGAGCCACUUGGUGCCUUGACUAAAUAUGAUUCCCUCAGAGCCACUUGAGAUACAAGGAUCUGUGUUUUGUGAAAAACACUGGAAGGGUGAAUAAAUAAAAAUAUUUAUGAGUGGGGACCAUGGCAUUGGAGCCAGUCCCUUGCACCAUUAAGAACCCAGUAGCACUGCAGGUGGGAGACAUGAAGACAGAGUUAGGCCGGCCCGGUGUUCUGGUGAUUGAUGUUUCAUUCCCACACUCGCAGACCACAGAUUUGCAGGCAAUUUCAUUCAAAAACUACUACACUGCCUUUUUGACCCUUCGAGUACAGCGGCGAAGUUCUGCAGAUGAUGGGAAUGGAAGCCCUUCUAAAUGGAUUACUUGUCUACGUAACUAUUGUUUGAUGCCCAAUCCACAUACAGAGGAGGGUUCCCAAAACUACUUUUCUAUUUCCAGACAUCAGAUGCUUUGUGAUGUGGAUCGGGUGGCUGCCAUGCGUUUCAUUCUGCGCCAGCCUUCCCCAGUAUGGUUGCAUUUUACAAUUGAGGAACUGCAGCUUUUUUCUUUGUGUCAGAAGAGUCCUCAGAAAGGCUUUCCAGCUUGGCUUUCUCAUCCUUCUCCUCAGGAGCAGCCAGCAAGCUUACAUGAUGGCCUGCCUGAUGCUGACAGAGUGUCUUCCGAACUGCAGCAAAUGUGGGUUUUAACUGAGAUGCUCCAAGCCAGCCAACCAGUAGCACGGAUUGGGCGCUUUGACAUGGAUGACUCCUAUGACCUUAAUCUGCUUUCUUAUACUUGAAUGGUUCCAAGAAAAGAAGAAGCAAGCUUUCCAAGCAGGGCUGCACC